AUGUAUUUUCUUCAAUUAAUUGAUUCAUAUUGCGGUCCAUUAAUGUGUUUCCUUUCUGCAACUUGUAAUCGCAAAAAAGGAAUGAAAGAUGUUAACGUCUGGCAAAUUCCUUUCAAAACUCAAUUUUACAAUUUUCUUCUGACGUUACAUGACAAGAUGAUGUGUCCAGAUUGCAUUGUGUUCUGCUAUUGGUUCUGUAUGGCUCUAGCAAUUUAUGGCCUAACUGAAGCUGUCAAUGAAUUUUUCUGGACUUAUCGAAGAAACUUAAAAUUUUGUGGUGCAUUAUCACAUAUUUUUACUUCAACAUUCUUUGUACUUGGACUCCUGGGCUUACAAGAUGAACUCAUGUUUCCCUGGGUUAUCUUGGUUGGCUCGAUUAUCUUAGAAGUCUUUUUUUCCUGGACGUUUAUCGCAGCUGGCGAACCGAACACACAAAAACCGAUGCUGUCAUUGAUUUUUCUCUUGUAUCGAUUGGCCAUAUCAUUGCACAUGAUAAUGACGAUACGCAAUUGGAAUCAUCACAAGAAGAAUCCUCCAGCCGUCCAAACUGCUAUCAAGAAUUUAACUUCUCAAAAAUUCUUUGUUAUUUCAUACUGGUUGAAUAUUGUCUUCGCUGUAAUUGGAAUUGGAGAAGCAUUGAAAGAGCUUUACAGAAUUUUAAGCACACCUAAUUAUCAGUCAAAAAUAUUUGGAAGCCGAGAAAUUAAUUGCGUUUCAUUGAAGAAUCAAAGACUCUUAAGAAUCGUUGGAUUGCUUUCAAACAUUGCUUUGCUUCUGAUGUUCAUCUAUGGUGUCAUUACAUUCCGUCCACAAUUCAUCUCUCUCUGGAUCUUCUCACAAAAAAUUCUCGUAAUGUUGGAAAUAAUCAUAACAAUCUUAACUGCAAUCAUAUCGAGAAGCUUCAAGCCAGAAAAUUUCUUUUUCUUGAUAUUCAUGAUACUUCGAAUCAAAAUUGCAAGUUAUACAAAGACCGAAAUGAUUGAAGCACUCACGCUUAUAAUGAAAAAUUUGCAGGUGUCGGAUGAAAUGUCACAAAGGACAUUAAAAUUCCUUACAAUUUAUUGCGCAAUAACAAUACUCGAUUCUCUACGCUUCUGA